AUGGCGAUUAGCAACAAGAAACUGCAGAAGAUCAUGACCCUCCCUAUCAACCAGAUAUUCAGGUACCUGCAGAACCGCUCCCGCAUCCAGGUCUGGCUGCACGAGCAGGCGGACCUGCGCAUCGAGGGGCGCAUAUUGGGCUUCGACGAGUACAUGAACCUGGUCGUGGACGACGCGGAGGAGAUCCAGGUGAAGAAGAAGACUCGCCGAGCCAUCGGGAGGAUUCUCCUGAAAGGCGACAACAUCUGCCUCAUGAUGAACACGGGCGUGUGA